CUCUCCAAAAAGAAACAAAGUCAAAAAACAGGAAAGCGCCACUCCCGUUCGCCAACGCGCAGCCUAAUUUCAAACCCGCAGUUACGUAUAAACUAUGUACACUAUAUAGACACAGAGAGGCGAACAAAACAGGGCUAGGCCUAUAGAUAGAGAGAGACGAACAAACGCAGACCCUUCUCUCUCUCUCUCUCUCUCUAAACCAGCGGAGAUCCGGAAAUGCAGAGGAUCAGUUCAUUUGCCAUCAAGCUUCUAUUGAUCACAUUCUGUGUGUUACUAGGAAAUUGCUUCAGUCUCGAGAUUGGGGAAACCUGUUCUACUGAUAGUCAGUGUGAUGCCGGCCUACGCUGCGAAACAUGCUCUGCAAAUGGCAACACCCGCCCCAGAUGCACCCGGACUCAACCCUUGAUUCCCACUUCCAAGGUGAAAGGUCUACCGUUCAACAAGUACUCAUGGCUGACGACCCACAAUUCUUAUGCUCUGUCCGGGGCUACGUCUGAGACCGGAUCACCCAUUCUUUCUCCGACCAAUCAGGAAGAUUCGGUUACCUCUCAGCUUAAAAAUGGCAUCCGAGGGCUCAUGCUUGAUAUGUAUGACUUCAACAAUGACAUCUGGUUAUGCCACUCCUUCAGUGGAAAAUGCUACAACUUUACAUCAUUUCAACCUGCUAUCAAUGUGCUGAAAGAGAUUCAAGUGUUUCUGGAAGCAAAUCCAACAGAAAUUGUCACCAUCUUCAUCGAAGAUUAUGUGACCUCUCCACAGGGCUUGACAAAGGUUUUUAAUGCAUCUGGUCUGAGUAAUUAUUGGUUUCCAGUGUCUCAGAUGCCCAAAAGUGGUGUAGAUUGGCCUACUGUGGAUGAUAUGGUCCAGAAUAAUCAACGAUUGGUAGUCUUCACCUCAAUAUCUUCCAAGGAGGCCACUGAGGGGAUUGCUUAUGAGUGGAGAUACGUGGUAGAAAAUCAGUAUGGGGAUGACGGAAUGGUGGCUGGUUCUUGUCCGAACCGUGCGGAAUCAUCUCCUAUGAACACAUCAACAAUAUCCUUGGUUCUUCAGAACUACUUCCCUGAUAAUCCCAACAUAACAGAGGCCUGCGUUGACAAUUCUGAUUCGUUAAUCAGUAUGAUGAAUACUUGUUAUCAAGAUGCUGGGAAGCGGUGGCCAAACUUCAUUGCGGUUGAUUUUUACCAGAGAAGUGACGGUGGAGGAGCCCCAGAAGCCGUGGAUGAGGCAAAUGGUCAGCUGACUUGUGGAUGUGAUAGCAUUGCUUAUUGCAAGACAAAUGCGACGUUUGGCAAAUGCGAUGUUCCUGUGAUCUCACCUCCACCACCGGCUGGAUUAUCAUCACCCACAGGUGGCGGUCCUACAACUGAAACUGUGAGUGAUGAUUCCAAUAUCAGCAGGCCAGUUCAUCUGCUUUGGCUUAUCGGGAUAUCUUUUACCGCGCUUAUCUUGCUAUGCAUGUAAAUUGCUUGUUGUUUAUGUAACCACACUCAUCUAUUUUUUUGGAAUGGAAUUUAACACAUUUGUUGUUGAUUGAUUUAAAAA